AUGGUUGCCUCAAAGAUCUACUCCCGCGUCAUUCUGAUCUCUAUCAUCAUUAUCAUUUUCAUCGCGGCUGCUAUGGGCCACCCGACUAACGGAACAGGCUACGCCGGCAUCAACUGCACCGGCGAGCACGGCCACACUGGUCCCCCCAUGGCCGACGCUCCGACCGAUGGGUUUCCUAUGGGUGGUCCUCGAAACCACUCUAUCGGUUUCGUCGGCCAGCAGCGCAACAUGAGCCUCUACGGUGCCUCAGCCAAGCAGAGUGGUCACCACGAGGACAGUGAGCCCUGUAUGAGCGAAGGCGCCAAGACUGAUGCGAUCGCGUCGAAGAUUAUCCUUGCUACGCUUAUCGCCAUCACGCUGGUCGUGGUCCUGUCCAUGUAAAGCAGCUGGAAUGGUAAGUGUCAGGUAAGUUGAGCGCAGCCAUGGUGGUGGUGUCCCGCACAAGUAGUAUGUAUCUUUGUAGAUCAAUAGAUUGGUAAUUUACU